AUGAAGAUCACUAGAACCAGAAUUUUUGCUGUUGUGUUUACUUUGGUUCUGAUUCACUUUCUUCUAUUCUCUUGUUGUUGUCACCACCAUGAUCAAAGGUUUUCAAGAAAGAUAGGUUUACAAGGUUCAAGGGAGCUUCUGUCUUCAUCUUUUGCAACAAGUUUUGGUAAAAUAAAUGGAAGCAAAAACCUGAACAGGAAAGUUGUGGAAUCAAGCUUGAGGAUAGCUCCACCAAGCAUCCCGAAUCCUACUCAGAACAAGUAG